AUGGGCGACUUCAAACACACCAUUCACCUCCUGAAGGAGCUACUAGUCCGAAUCCCAUUGAUCUUGAAGACUCUCGUCCUCCAUGGAAUUAACAUGUCUCCCGUAAAGGGGAAGCAAAAUAUUCGCACGGAACUGACCACAUCCAUUAUUCGCUCUUUCAUGACCUUCAGCGCUCCAGUCGAUAAGACGCAAAAGAAUAGCAUGCGUGACCCUGGUAUCAAGGGACCCAUGUGGGUGUCCAAGAUAACUCUGCCCCAGCCAGAGUUCGAUGUGCGUGAUGCUGUGAUACGCGCCAUUGAAGAUCUCAUGACGACGGGCAACGAGACCUUUGACAUGCCCCCGAUUGCAGCGGUGGAGGCUGAAUGGACAGGCUAUCGCAGUGGAGUGGGCAAGAAGACACCUCAGCCUGACUUGUCCGAAGCAGAGAAGUAUAAUGAGCUGCGGAGAGAAUCUCCUUCUGAUAUGACCAUCUUGUAUUUCCAUGGUGGUGCCUACUUCAUGAUGGAUCCUUGCACGCAUCGCGUGCCAGUGGCACAUCUGUCACGUCUCACAGGCGCCCCAAUUCUCUCAGUGCGAUACAGACUGGCGCCGCAGAAUCCCUUCCCUGCGGCGCUGGUCGAUGCUCUAACGGCAUAUCUGUCAUUGAUUCACCCGCCCGCAGGUGCUCUCCACAAGCCCAUUCCAGCAAACAAGAUCAUUAUUGCGGGUGACUCUGCGGGUGGAAAUCUAUCUCUGGUCCUAUUACAGACGCUGCUCACUUUAAAGCGAGCUUCUCGAUCGGUUCGCUUCCACGGCCAGGAUGUGGACAUUGAGCUUCCCGCAGGUGUAGCUACUAUCUCACCCUGGUGCGAUAUGACUCGUGCCAUGCCAUCUAUCAUUCACAAUACCAAAUACGACUAUCUCGAUAUGAAGUCUGUCCCAUCCGACGAUCCAGAUGAACCUGCCCCAUCUACGCCUUUGCCAUUCCCACCCGGCUCUAUAUGGCCGGUAACUCCGCCCCGUGUAGACAUGUUCGUCAACGCAAACAUGAUGCUCCACCCUCUCACAUCUCCGCUCGCAGCGAAGCCGGAACUCUGGAAAGACUCUCCGCCAGUCUUCAUCUCAACCGGCGAAGAACUACUCACAGACGAAGGCCUGAUUCUGGCCCGGCGCAUGCACAAGGCAGGCGUCCCUGUUGUGGCGGAGAAAUUCGAGGGAAUGCCGCAUUGCCAUGGAAUAUUGAUGAUCUCUACCCCGACUGGGAAGAGGUUCUUUAAGAGUAUAUCCGAGUUUUGUCGAGAUGCUGCGGCUGGCUGUGUGAAAUCAACCGGAGAUUGGACGUGGUUUAAGCACGGGUUACAGGUUUCCUGCCAGUACCCGCUGGAGAAGGUGUCCGAGCUGGAUGAGGACCGAGUUGAUAUUCGAAUGGCCAAGGCUGCUGGUUGGAGAGUUCGGGAUGAGGAGGCGCUGUUGAAGGAGUGGCGUGCACAGGCGAAGCUGUAA